GGCCGCGGGUGCGGAGCGCUGCGCCGGCCGCCCUCUCGCAAUAUGCCUCCGCUGCCCCCGGGCUGCUCGCCAUGCCGGGCACCUGCGGGCGCCUCUCCGCGCUGCUCCCGGGGCUGGCGGCCGCGCUGCUGCCCGUGCUGCUGAUGCUGAUGAUGGGGCGGCCGCCCCCCGCCGGCGCCGCCGCCGCCACCCGCCCGCAGCAGCAGCAGCAGCGAGCGGCGCUGCCCGGGGGCGCCCCCGCCGCGGCAUCAGGAUCUGUUUUUACCCUAAAAGUUCAAGUAAAUGACAUCAUCAGCCAUCAGUACCUGCGCCAAGCAGUGGUCGAGGUGUUUGUUAACUACACCCUGACAAAUUCUACUCUCACUGGGAACAACGGAGCAGUGUUGAUAAAAGUCCCCUACAAACUGGGAUUAAGCUUAACUAUUGUCUCAUACAAGGAUGGCUACCUGCUGACACCUUUGCCUUGGAAGACUGCGAGGAUGCCAAUCUACUCGUCCGUGACGCUCUCAUUAUUCCCACAAAGUCAAGCUAAUAUAUGGCUGUUUGAAGAUACUGUCAUAAUUACUGGAAAACUGUCUGAUGCCAAAUCUCAACCGAGUGUUCAGUUUCCAAAAUCUUUAAUGAAGCUUCCAACAAAUCACAUUGCAAAUCUUACAGCCUAUCUGACAGUGCCAGAGCAAUUUUUGAAAGUGGACAGCUUUCUCUAUACAACAGGAAUUAUUCUAAAUAAAUCAGGUUUCAAAAGCAUGGAAUUAACUCCUCUGGCUGCCAUAUGUGUAAAUGUUCUUUUGGCUGGGAAAGAACUGAACAUAAAGGGUCCCAUUCAGGUCACCCUUCCUCUUCCCACAACUGCUGUAAAAUCAGGAGAUGCUGUACCUGCCUGGACAUUUGAUAUGAAAAUUGGUGCUUGGGUAAACCGUGGGCUAGGAGUGGUGAAGGAAGUGGAUGGCCAGUUAGUAUGGACAUACACUGCUCAGCACUUGGGCUACUGGAUAGCAGCUCCACUGCCUGGAGCAAAAGAAUCCAUCAUUAGUGCUGUUUCCAAGGACAUAACAGCCUAUCACACCGUGUUCCUUACGGCCAUACUGGGAGGAACUGUUGUCAUUAUCAUUGGAUUUUUUGCUGUUCUUCUUUGUUACUGCAGGGAUAAAUGUCGUCGGACACAGAAGAAGGAAAAAAACUCAACCAAGCUGGAGGUCAUAAAAAAAGACCAGACAACGUCAACAACUCACAUAAAUCACAUCAGUGCUGUCAAAGGGUCUUUAAAGCUGGAGGAUAAGUCACAGUUAUAUACACCGAAGAUUUCUUCAUACAGCCCUCAAAGGAGAAUGUCCAUGGACACAGAGGAUGGAAAAUCACAAGACAAUUUUAAAAUCUACUCAGAGGAUGCUUCUUAUCAGUCAUCCUGUCAGACUGGUCAGGCAGGAAAUUCAGCCCAUUCAGUGGAGCCUAGUGCUGGAGUGAGGCUUUUACAGCAGCCAAAGCACAGUAACAGUACUAUUUCCCAGGCUCCUAGGGACAUUUCAGACCAAAACAGGUACCUUACACUGAAAGAGGAGAUGUACGGCCUUUCCCAUAUCCCAGAACAUCUAAUGCAUAUUUACAAUCAGCCUAUUGCUAUUCUUCAAACCUCAGACCUUUUCCACUCCCCAGAACAACUGCAUCCUGCUAAAUCAGCAACUUUGCCAAGGAAAGGGCAGCUGGUGUACGGCCCCAUGAUGGAGCCCAUGAAUCGGGACAGUUACAUGCAAACACUCCCCAAAAUGCCAGGGCACUCUCAUCCCCAGCCUUCUGCCUGCAGAGAUGAGAACAGUCCCCUGGAUGGUGAAGAGGGCUUGCCUUCCCAAGCACCCAACUGGGGCAGGUACACCAACAGCUUACUGGAAUCUGUCUCUGUUCCUGGGACACUGAACGAAGCAGUUGUAAUGACUCCGUUUUCAUCUGAACUUCAAGGGAUUUCAGAGCAAACGCUGCUGGAGCUCUCUAAAGGAAAACCAUCUCCACAUCCUCGAGCAUGGUUUGUGUCCUUGGAUGGAAAGCCAAUUGCUCAAGUGAGGCAUUCUUUCAUAGAUCUGAAAAAGGGCAAAAAAACUGAGAGUAAUGAUACCAGUCUGGACUCUGGUGUGGACAUGAAUGAGCAUCAUCCUAACAGGAAACUGGAGAGAGAGAAAACUUUCAUUAAAAGUAUGCCACAUUCUAAGAUUCUUUACUUGGAAGAUCUGGAUCUGAGUAGCAGUGAAAGUGGGACCACUGUUUGCACUCCAGAGGACCAGGCAGUGAGACACAUUAUGGAAGGAGGGAACAGGCCAGUCCUAGAACAACAUAAUGAGGAAGGUCUAAGGAAAAAAUCUCUGCCAGGAAGUCAUGAAUCUGGUAUCCCUUCUGCUAAAAAAAGGGAUAGACCACCUCUCAUGAAAAGAGAUAGCAAAACCAAUAUCUGGAAGAAAAGAGAGGAGAGGCCGCUUAUUCCUAUAAAUUAAAACACAGUGUGCUUUGUGCUGUCGCUCUCCCUGCUGGUUGUUGAUCUCUUGCCUGCUUCUGUAAUUCUGCAGUGUUGGGUUUACAAGGGAAAAGUUGCUUUCUACAAGUAUCAAGAAAAGUUUCAUUUUUUAAUGUAAAGAUUGAGUUACCAAACUUCAGCUGGGCAACUGAUAUUCCAUGUGAAUUGAAAAUAGGGAAAUGCUACUAUUAAACUUUUCCAGUUCCUAAUUUUACUGGCAGUAUGAGGAAGGCCCACAUUUUACUUAGCCUGUCAUUCUUGGACACACCUUUGGGAAUGCACAAUGAGAAAUGUAGGCACAUGAUUUAAUUUUUUUGUACUUGUUGCUAUUGCAAUGGUAGCCUAGUUAAAGCCAUUCCUAGCCUUGUUCCUAAUCAACGUGACCAUCUGUACAGUAUUUUAUAUGUGAACUUUUCUAGCUAUCUGCUACUACUCCUUUGUACAAUGUGAAAUGUUUCAUCCGUUGCUCCCACGACACCAGCAGAUGAGCUCUGCUGGAUUUAUCAGCAGAGCUCUAUAGCAUUACUGCCCUCCCUGUGUGCCCAUCCAUGUGCAAUCCCAUACAACACUGGGGGAAGGGGAAGUCUACAAGUGUGGCCACUGCAGUUCAUGGUCCCCACUACCUUAAGGUGUUGCCCAUCUGCUUUGUUUAGACCUGCUUUGUUACGCCCCGUGGAUUUUGAAGACUGGCGUGGGCUGUGAAGGGUCCAUGUCCAGCAGAAAAGGACUGGUUCUGGUAGCAUUUGGAGCUGCAGCUACUCCUGAUCCCAGUGUCUUGUUUUGGCUUCUUUGUCAGCGAACAUCUUCUCUUCUCUAUGCUGUUGGGCCAGCUGUGCUCCAGAAUAGAGCCUUGAAUCUCUGCCUAUUUAUAACUGAGAGUUUGGCCCAUGAUGAAGAAGUGUGCAGGAUUAGACAAAUUAUGCCUUGGAAAGAGUUUCUUGAGCAGGAAAGCUUGGCACCAUUGCUUUUUAUUUUAUGUUUAAAACAAUGGGAGAUUAUUCGAGGUUUAUGUGCCUACAUUUUGCCAGCCUGAGCUGCUUUUGUCUAGGUUUGCAGAGGAGUUAAACAAGUUAAACAGGUUUUAAAAGUUGGGGGGGGGGGGGAAGGUUAUGAGCAUGAGACAGCAGAUUGCAAAAAUUUGGUUUAUAAUACAAUAUAAAUACUAUUUAUGACUCAUCUUAGAGUUAAAUUUACCAAAAGUCAUGAAUGCAUGAAUUGUAACUAAGAUAUGUAUAGAGGAAGGAAAGGCCAACAGAAUAUUCUUUAAUUUUAAUGCCCACCUUGUCAAAGUGAUCAUUUGAACUUUGGCUAACAGAAAAAUGGAUGCAUCUCUUAAUGUGCUUCAUAUAGUAAACAGAAUGUAUUUCUGUGGCUUUGAGGCUGUUUUCCUGGUGAAAUAAGUUCCAGCAUUUUGGCUUUAGCAGUUUGAUUAUAAAUCAUCCUAACAAGGCUUUCUAAAUAUUUCCCCUAGAGCUUGUUUAAAGGUCUGUACCAAGAUCCAAACAUACAAUGCCUAUAUAUGAAUUGUGAGGUGAGUGGUGCUUGGUUGUCUGCCCUGUAGUGCACUCAAGAGUUGGGAAGUAUCCUAUGCAGCUGGGCUUCUGGGAAUAUUUACUCAGGAAAUAUUACUGUGAAAUAUGUCUGUGGUGUUGGGAUUGUCAGUUGUCUGUUGCUGUUUCUAGAAGAAUAUGGAAGGUAACCAGGAUGGUACCAGCAAUGCAUCAUUCCAAAGUGAGUAUUUGCUUCACGAACAAAAUGUUCCUAUUGAAUUCACGAGAAUGAAAGUGCAAAUAAAAAGUGUGUGUGAAAGUGUGUGUGGUGGGUUGAUCUUGGCUGGAUGCCAGGUGCCCAUCAAGCUGCUGUAUCACUCCCCUUUCCCAGCUGGACAGGGGAGAGAAAAUAAGAUGGAAAGCAACUCCUAGAUUGCGAUAAAGCAGUUUGGUAAGGCAAAAGCAAAAGUUUGCAUGUGCACAAAGAGGAAAAAAAUAGGUUUGUUCUGUACUUCUCAUCAGCAAGCAAUGUGUGGCUGCCUCUUGGGAAGCGGGGCUUCAACACUUGUAGUGGUUGCUCCAGAAGGCAAACCUUGUAGGUAACAAAUAUCCCCACUUCCUCCUCCUUUCCUUAGCUUUUAUAUCUGAGCUGAUGUUACGUGGCAUGGAAUAUCCCUUUGGUUAAUUUGAGUCAGCUGGCUUAGUUGUGUCCCCUGCCAGGAUCUUGCCCACCCCUAGCCUGCUGGUUGGCAGGGAAUGCUGAGAGUCAGCACUGAUGCUGUGCCAGCCCUGCCCAGCAGUGGCCAAAACACUGGUGUGUUAUCAACACCUUUCCAGCUCCCAAGGCCAAGCACAGCGCUGGGAAGGCUGCUAUGGGGAAUGAACUCGUCCUCAGCCACACCCAGUAUCCAUGGGCAUCACCAUCACAGGUGGGAAUCUCAGCUCCUGUGCCUGGAGCGCCUCCUCCUCCUCCUUUGGCACUGACCUGGUGUCUGCAGAGUUGUUUCUCUCACAUGUUCUCACCCUGCUCUUCUCUUGCCACAAUUACAUCUGCACGGUAACUUCUUUUCCUUCUCAAAUCUGUUACCACAGUCACCAUCAUUUCUGACUGGCCCAGCCUUGGUCAGCAGCGGCUCUCUCCUGGAGCUGCUGUCAUUGGCUCUGCUGGACAUCAGGGAAGCUUCUGGCAGCUUCUCACAGAAGCCACCCCAGUAGACUCCCCUGGCCAGCCAAACCCAAUACACAUGGUAAAGCAACUGUCCCCCUGCAACCCCUGGAGUGCAGAUAUCCACCUGCAGCCUGUGGAGGCUAUGAACCCAUGGGAAAGCUGUGCUGCAGCAAGCUCCUGGCAGGAGCUGUGGAGAGAAGAGCCCCUGCUGCAGCAGGUAUCCUGGAAGUACCAGUGGGCCUGUUGGGGACUCACACUGAAGGCAGGCUGUGCCUGAAGGACUGCACCCUGUGGAAGAGUGAGUGAGCCAUGCUGGAGCAGUUUGUGGAGAACUGUUGUUCCUGAGAAGGACUCAAGUUGGAGAAGUUCAUGGAGAGCAGCCUCCUGUGGGAGGGACCCUGUGCUGGAGCAGGGGAAGGACCUCUGUCCUUGAGGAGUGGCAGAAACCACGUGUGAUGGACUGACCCAUUCCUGUCUCAGAAACCCAUUUUUGUCUCAGAAACCACACAUGAUGGACUGACCCAUUCCUGUCUCCCUGUGUCACUGAGGGGAGGAAGUAGAGCUGGGAAGGAGGGAGGGGUGGAGGGAAGUUGUUUCUAUGAUUUAUUUCACUUGUCAUUAUCCUGAUCUGGUUGUGUCAGUAAUAAAUUCAGUUAAUAUCCCCUAGGUGAGUGAGUCUGUUCUGCCUGUGACAGUAUUCAGUGAGUGAUCUCUCCCAGUCCUUGCCUCAGUUCAUUGGAUUUUCUCUCCUCUGUCCACUUUGUGGAAGGGAUUGGUAAGAGUGGCUUUGGUGGGUGCCUGGCAUCUAGCCAGGGCCAAACCACUACAGUGUGUAAAUACGUCUGUAAUUAAAUUGGCCUCAAGAACCUAAAAGAGGUUUAAUUCUGAUUCACCUAUUUCAGAUUUGAAAAUGGCUUGUCAUAUUAGCAUGCCUUUGGUUCUCUUUCUAGGUAACAGGCAUUUUGUUUUCCAGCACCAAAUACAUUUUCGCAAAAAACCUUUUUUUAACGUACAGUCCUACUGGAUUUUUUUUAUAUGACUUUCUAGGCCCAUAUAUUGAUAAUUUCAUCCUUUGCAUUGUUGUAUACAUUAGUAGGAAUCAAUUUAUAUAUGCACAUUUCUUCUGAAAGCUGCCCUUGAGGUUCAAUAUUGCCCUGUUUGCAGAGUUGCAUUGGUCUUGAUGGCUCCCUUUUCAACAAGAGAUUAUUAUACACUCUGUUGAACAUAAUAGGAAAUCCCUGACAAGCUAAUGGUUUUGAGGAAUUCAUAUUAAGUUCAUAUGCCUUUGCUUUAAAUUUUGUUCACCUACAGUAAUAUUUCAGAUUUUUAAUGCAUUUUUCAUUGUAUAUACCAAAAAAGACCUAAUUUCUCAAACUUACUUGUAUCAUCAAAAAUACAGACUACUAUAAAUGGCUUUAUUUAUGUGAAUUCAAAGGAAACAAGUUUGGCACUCCAUUGUUUUCAUUCUCUGACAGAACAGGUAUCUGGUCGUUAAAGAAAAAGGAUUAGAAAUCCAACUCUAAAAUUAUUAUGAUUUAUAUUCAUACAGAAUAUUUCCAAAUAUAUCAGUCUUCACAUUCCAGCUGUAUGCUGGAAUUUAUGCACUGGAAAUACCUGUAUUGCCUGCUAGAGAUUAGAAUUCUAUUUGGCUUUAGAUCAUUUAAAGGAGUUUGACUAUACUGAGCUCUACAAAUUUUAAUUCCACAAUGCAUUCUACAUGAUGUCUAACAUGUGGAGAAGACAGAAUGUCACAGUGAAGCGUCACAAAUGAAUGGAUUUCUAUAUUUCUCUUUAUGAUUUCAGCAUAUGAAUUUAUAGGAAUCACUGAAUUUAUUUUUUAGGGUUUUUUUUUCUGUUGGCUCUUUGUGGCAUUAACAGACAGUUAAAAUGCUGGUGCCAGAAUUAGGCCUAUACAAAAAUUAGCAAGGAUCCGUGGCACACAGCUCUUGGAAAGGCUGAGGAAAUAUUCAGAGGUUUUCACUUCUUUGAAUCUGGAGGUUGCUUACCUUGAGAAUAAGAAGGGAGAAAUGUCUGUGAGGACACAGGAGAGGGGAUACAGCUUCUUUCUGAUGCUAUUUUGUAAACUGAUAUGUGUUUGGGCUUUGGUGGAAUCAAUUCUUUCUGAAGAACACAAAUGUUUGCAACACUUAUGUCUCAGUUCUUCACAAGGCACUUCUUGAGCUGUCAGCUUUUGCAAGAAAAGCCCUUAUUUAUGUACAUACAGUUUUAAGUGCAAGCUCAUUGACAGUAAUUUUUAGAUUGUUACCAAAUGAUAGAUAUUAGGGAUGAAAAAAAAAAAAAAGGUGGGGGAAUCACUUAAAAAUCACAUUUGAUUAAGAGAAAAAAGUCUUUCUAGUGCAAUCAGGAAAUAGAGCUCUGGUAUUACAAACCUGAAAGUAAAAAUUAUGUGUUGAUUAGGAACAUUAUUUACCACCAUAAAGCUAGAGGGGACGCACCAAAAAUAAUCCAGGAUGUAGGAAUGUUUAGUUGUCUCCUUUGUUUUUAUGCAGUAAUUUGUACCAAAGAGGAUGAAAUGAACUGGCACCAGUAUAAAUUCUUGUUAGUUAAAAAGUGACAAAGUUUCACAACACUACUGAUCAAACACUGUGCAAAUGAAAAGGCAGUGCACUACAUCUGUUGUCUAGUGCAUUACAUUAGGAAAUUCUGGAGAUAAAUUAGCCUGCUGAAGUGCCUUUCUCUUUCAUCUGACCUAUUUUAUCAGUGGGACACCUGACUAUCUGAAAAGCACAUUAUGGUUUUAUUUUCUGUUAGCCAAAACCCCCUGAAUUCAUAAAAUUAUGUAGCUUUAAUAAUAUUUUAAGAGGCAGAUCUAGUGCUUUUUAUGUUGGAAUACUGACUUCUGCAUGUCGAUGAUAACGGUAGUUGUUGUAAAACCUAGUUUUGAUAUUUUAUGUUUGAAAAGAAAUUUUAAAAAAUAUAUCUUUAGCAAUCUGAACAGUAGUGUCUUUUAAAAAUGCUCAUAUGGGAUCUGAUUCAACUUUGUGUGUCAAGUGCAAGCAUCUUGAAGUCACUGGAUUUACAGGUAUGAAACUGACUGGGAUAUUAACUUCAAAAAUGAAAUAACUUAUGUUUAUAAAUAAACACUUUUAAUGAUAAAAGUCCUUUUUUCAGCUGCUAACUUUGCUUGUCAGAAGCAGCAGAAAUUGUAUGGAGAUCGGUAUGUGAUUCUUAUUUUCUAGAACCAAUUUGUAUCUCAAUUUGGAGCCUAACCUGCAUUGGUUUUUAAUAGCUUUUUAAUUUUUUUUUAAUUCAGUGGUAUUAUGAGAACACAGUACUAUGCCUACAGAGCUAAAGGUGAGCAUUCUUUUAUAGUAAUUUGUACUAAUUUGUGCCAUACUUCUAGCAGUAGGCAGCUACAUUUGUGUUAAAGAGUUUAUAUGAAAGGUGAUUUAAAUGACUUGAAUCUGAGCUUUGUUUCCUUUUAAAAGCAGUAUUCAUUGUGUUCUGAAAAGAUUCAGGUUUUUUGUUAAGACUGGCAGGGCAAAACUCUGCCAUUCUUUGUUUUGCUAGCAUGCUCAGCCUGAAAACUGUUUUACCAAAUGAAUUUUUUCAGUCAGUUUCAGGACUUACUGAACAUUCCUAUAGUCCCCCUCCCCAAAACAUCCUGGUACUUUAUUCCACAGGUAACGGAUUUAGUUCCUUUGAAGCACUUGUUGCACUUCAGUCCAUGUCAGAACAGUACUAUUUUUACAUGUCACUGUGUAGAAAGGCAGUUUUUAGUGCUCAUUAGAGCACGUUACUCAUGCAAAGCCUGGCUCUGGGUGUUGCAAGGCAGGUGAACUCAUGGCCCUGGCUGUGCUCACCACCUUGAAUUCUGGAGCCUCAUGUUCAACAAAUGCUUCAUGACCUCAGCAAUUAUUUUCAAAAACUCUCUAGUAUGGAUAUUGUUUAUGUAAAACAUUCCUGAUAUUCGGCAUCCUGGUUUUAAGUAUUUCUACCUUUUUAUAUUUUGUCAGAGGUGUCUUUUCAUCUCUGUAUUUACUACAGUAUCAGUGUAUCUGUUGCUGAAAAUGUAACUAAGGUUUGUAAAAUGUUACAGCUUAUGCAAUAUAAUAAAAAUUUGAAAAAGUUAUC